AUGAAUAUACCCAGUUUCUUUAUUAAUAUAUUUACAGUUAUUCUUGUAAAUAGUUCAAGGAAUUUUUCUAAUAACGUAGUAGGGUCAACACUCUCAUUUGUGGAAUCUUGGGGAAAGAACAACCAAGAUAACAUUUUAGACAUUAAGGUUAUUAGAUCUCUAGGUGAAAAUGAAUUCAAUAAAAACAGUGAUUCUGGAGAAACCACGAGGGAUAAUGUAAAUGAAGACAAUUAUGAUCAAAAUGGUAAUGAUGAAGGUUAUGAUAAAAAUCGAUAUGAUGCAUUGACGCAAGAUUACUUUGAUAUGAUGGAAAGUGACAUCAAUAAAGGAUCUUCACGAAAAAUAAAUGAAAAAUUUAGCAAUACAUAUCAUAAAACGAAAUCAAAUCAUCACUUUAAUAAUAUGUCAAAUGAAAAUAUUCCUAGGGGUUUUAAAUGUGAAUAUUCUGAAAAAACUUUUUACAAAAAACUGAAAAAUUUUUUUAAGACUAUAGACAAUUUAACUGAAAGAGAAAUAUACAAUUUAUUAAAAUUGAAAAAUCGUCAUAAUUCUGAAGUUUAUAUAGGAGGUAGAAAUAUGACAAACAGAAUUAAAAUGAUUUUAUAUCACUAUAAAAUAUUUUCCGUUCCUUUCGUACUUAUAUUUUUAUGCUUCAUAUGCUCGAAGAUCUUUUCUGCACCAGGAUGGGCCCCCUUCUUUGGAAUUUCAUUUAUUGUUAUUUUAAUUUACCUUGUUGUUAAAUUCAUAAAGUGCUCCUCAAAAUUUAACAAGUUAGCCCAAAGUAAAUUCCCAGGAUAUAUAAAUCAUGAAGAUGGUACUGAAGAGGACCUUUUUUCAGAGUCUGUUAGCGACAUUAAUGAACAAACAGAAAUAUUUUAA